UUCGCGGCGAGAGGCCCGCACUCCGCAGAGUCGUGCGUUGCGUUCGGUUCGCGUCAACAUCAGCUGUUGUUUCGCUCUCCCGUGAAAUGACAGUUUCGUGGAGGUUCACGAUGUGGAAAUCGUUUUCGUGAGGGUGUUUCGUGUUCCGUGCCGGUGAGCCAAAUCCGAUUCGUAUCCGGAAAAGAUGAACGGGAGCCUGGGAAUAAUGCGCGGACCCGAGCAACAUCCACAGAGGUUCGCGGAUUAUUUUGUCAUAUGCGGACUGGACAAAGAUUCGGGCCUGGAGCCAGACAAAUAUUUCGGGGACUCGUUGCAAUGCACACCUCUGGAUCGGGCGUAUAAGAGUAAAGUGCUUGGACACCAUCCGGACUCUGUACCAUGGAACCUCUUCGACGAGCAUGCUGUUUGCAUGCUUUGCCUGCCGAGCGGCCUGAGAUUCCGAACCCAGAAGCACUCCGUGGAGCCGAUGUUCCACUCGUUCGUGCUCACCAAGGAGGACGGGCACCGAACCUACGGGUUCAGCCUUGUUUUCUACGAGGAGUGCCGGAACCGGAAAAUAUGCGCCGCUAUGCAAACCCUGCAAGCGAUGCAUAUCACGGAACUGAGCAGCGGCCAAAACGGUACACCGCCGACGGUAAGAAAAGGGCAGGACGGUCACAACACCCGCUCGCUGCCACGGCACUUCAAGCUAUCAGCGCACUCGCCGAGCGCAGCGUUAGGCUACUAUGACUCUACCAAAGACAAGUUGCUAGUGACUAAAUCGAUAUCCUUGCUAUGCCAGCAGCCUUACCUUCACGCGGCGAAAACGUUCCUUACUAAUCUCUACAAAUGUGUUCCUAGACACCCAGGACCCGGUCUUAGCUUAGAGUCCUACGUGUACAAUCUCCUUUACAAUGUGCCCGUACCAUUGUCAGGGAAGUCGCUUAAAUUCUUCGUUCCAAACGACGAGCCAGCGAAACCACCAUUGGAACUGGUGAUACAUCAGCCGACACCAUUGCAGGAGCUACCGAUGCUGGAUUAUCCUUUAAAGGACGUAUUCACGUGGCUCGGCGCGGACUGUGUCAUCCAAUUGUUCACCUGUGUCCUAUUGGAGAACCAAGUGUUGCUUAGGAGCUCGGACUUCCACAAGCUGAUGGUGGUAUCCGAGUGUAUAACGGCGCUCCUGUUCCCAUUUUCCUGGCAGCAUGUCUAUGUGCCCAUCUUACCCGCCAGUUUGCAUCAUUUCUUGGACGCGCCGGUGCCGUUCAUAAUGGGUUUGCACAUUCAGAACGAGGGCGGUGUGCUGAAAAUUGCUAGCGAAGCAAACCUUUGUUAUGUAGAUAUAGAUAAACAAAGUAGCCAAUUCCCGGAGGAACUACCUGUAUUUCCCCACAAAAUGCAAUUCAUUGCCGAGAUUAGAGCUCUUCUAAACAAGUACAAAGUACCAUACUCAGGAAAGACUGACAACAUGGCCAUGAAUCAUCACAAUGGCGACAUCAUGACUAGUAGUUUGACGCUUCCUGGUUCUGGGUUCCAUCUUCCUCGUAGAAAACACUCGUUACAUGAUGUCCUCGAUUGGGAUAAACCUGAGCCAACACCACAAUCUGAUACUUUACAGAAAAUAGUCGAUAUUGUUAAGCGAACAGGAGUGAACGUGGAUGAUAUUGAAUCGAUUGAAGACAAUGUGAAAGAGAGGGUACUAACACCGCAAGAGGAGUAUCAAGAGACGCUUAUGUUUAAUAAUGCCAUUAGGGAAAUCUUUUUGAAUCGUUUUGUACAGAUUUUUUCUAGUUAUGAACAUUUUGUUAUCCAACCAAGCCAGGACAAAGACGAAUGGUUGAAUAAUAGAGACAGUAUGCACGUUUUUGAUAAGGCCACAUUUUUAUCUGACCAGCCCACACAACAUUUACCAUUCCUGUCUAGAUUUCUAGAGACGCAAAUGUUCGCGUCGCUGGUAGACAGUAAAGUUAUGUCAACGUGGAGCGAACUUGAUUUCAACAUACGAGUCUUUGAUCAAAGAAUUUCUCUCCUAAGGAAAAAGGUUGGGGAGGCCAUCGUUAGAUCAACACGUUACGAACCCUGCAAGAGCGUAGAAGAAUCACAGAAGGUGUUGGAGCAGAGGUUGACGAAUGUGGACUUCGAAACAAACCCACCGACCGAAAUUCUUCCUCACAGAGCAGCGUAUUUCCGAAGUUUUCCUCUAUUAGACAGUGUUGCGUUGAAUAAGGAACCAGCUCAAAGCAUACUUCGCAGUCGGAGGGGACAGACUCAAUGGAAGUAUAAAAUGAAAUCCAUGGAAGCAAAUGGCAAACCACCUGCCCCGCAAGAGACGCAGUCACCAAGGCCACAGACUAAGUUCUCUGCAGACAUAAGUCCAGCACUGAUAGCGCAAGCAAAUUGGACUUUCGUUGAAAAAUUGCUCAAGGAUUGUAAAUCGAAGACAAAAAGAAUGUUAGUUGAGAAAAUGGGUUCUGAAGCUGUCGCAUUAGGUCAUGGAGGAGAGUCGUUGUUCGAUGUAGAGGAGAAUACUUUGGUUGCUAGUCUUUGUGAUCUUUUGGAACGAGUUUGGAGCCACGGAUUGCAAAAUAAACAAGGCAAAAGUGCUCUUUGGUCGCACCUCACCAUGUACCAAGAACUGGAAGAGUGUAACGAAGCUGCUAAAACCAUAGAUCCUAAUUUCCUCUCUCCUGCGCUAGCGUGGUGCGUGCUACGGAAACGACUCGAUUCCAAGAAACCUUCGAAUAAGUUUUUCGGAUUACCGGACCGUUUAAUUUCAUCAUUUAAGAGCAGAAAUAUUUUUGAGAUUGCUUCUUAUGUCAAGGAGAACUUCAAUGAUUUGUCGAAUUUGGCAUUGGAAACGGACGUCUCGCCAACGCGCGGGGCAGACAAACACAAAUCCCCUGGAGACAGAAAGAUUGGUCCAGAGCAUCUGAGACCUCUACCAGACUCUUUGCUCUUUGAUAUCAGAAAUGUCCAAGCCAUGACAGACAUCAAGACGCACAUUGGAUACGCUAGAGCGUGGGUUCGGUUAGCGUUGGAAAAGAAACUUCUCUCUCGUCAUUUGAAGACAUUAUUAUCCAACAAUACAUUGUUAAGAAAUCAAUAUAAACGUUCAGCGUUCCUGCGUUGCGAAGAGGAGAAAGAACAAUUCUUGUAUCAUCUCUUGACGCUAAAUGCAGUCGACUAUUUUUGCUUCACUAAUAACUAUCCAACAACUAAAUUGCCAUAUAGGGUUGUUAUAUUUCCUAGUCGUAAAGCAAGUGCAGCUACCACUUCCGCAAACAGCUGGAUCGCUAUCUCAGGAAGUCUAUGCGAAACGAAUCCGGUUCCUAUACCUAAAGGAGCACUAGAAUUUGUAUUUCAUCAUAAAAAUUUGGGUGUGCUCUCAACGCUACGCAUAGGACACGACAACACAGGCCUUUCCCCUAAAUGGAUGGUAGAGCAUGUUGUGGUGAGAAACGAGGUCACAGGACAUACGUUCAAAUUUCCUUGCGGUAGGUGGCUUGGCAGAGGCAUCGACGAUGGUUCCACCGAGAGAUUGUUAGUAGGGGCUUUGGUACCUCACAGUAUCGAUAGCGAGGAAUUAGUUGAAUCAUGUUCAACACCGCCGAGAUGUAGGUCACCUAGUAUUCCCAGGCGCCCAAUAUUAUCUCAAGUUGAGUUGCAGCAUAUGCUAGGAGAAGCUGUGAAUGCAAUCGUUAAAUUCCACUACAGGAGAGAUUGCCAAGAAGGAUCCUUGACAGCCUUGCUCUGUGGUGAAGGCGGUCUUGUCCCAUCGCUAGAACAAAUAUUUUUAUUUGGCUUUAAAAACCAGAGGAUAUUCGGUAGAAACUUUUACGUUUGGGACUACCUUUUGCGCAUAAAAGAAAAUUUUGAAAUUUCACUGCUGGAGGAGAUGGACGAAUAUUCACAACGAUUGAAUAGGGAUAGGCGAGCCGCGCAUGUAGAGAGUAAUCAAAGGUUUGCAACGUUAAGAUGUUAUUGUCACCUCAUCGAUCAGAUUAAUAUGUUUAGUCAGACCCUGGGUAAAGAUGGAAAGUUUCAGCUGUUCAUCUGUUUGGCAGCCAGGGAGCAGCUUCUUCAUGUGAUGUUGCGGCCAAUGAGUGAAGCUCGUUCUACCGCAGACAUGUACGAAGAGAAUUCAUUUUUGCGGAAUCGUACGUUAUUAAAUUUCCUCAUUCAUAUUCUUGAACCAUUAUGCGAGUUCCAUAUUGUCCUUGAGAAGAGUCUGACUCACGGAAUUUCUAGUAUAUGUUAACUCGCAAGAAGACAUUCCGUUUGAUUAGGGAUGUGUUUCUUCUAAGCAGCACAAUUUUACAAAUUCUAAAUAAUAAAAAACGAAGAAAGAAUGAGAGUUAUAUCGGAGAAAUGGGAAAGUUUCUAAACCUAUUAUUAAGGAACUAAAGAGGAAUUUAAUAACACAAAUGAAGACUGUUGCAGAACUGUAAAAUAGUCGUUUUUAGAUGACAAAUCAUUUGACAAAAAAUUAAUACGUGAGUGACAAUGAAAAUGAAUAGAUAAUGAAUCAUAGAACUUGCUUUAUUUCAAAAAAGGAAUGAUGACUAUUAGGAUGAAAAUACAACGUAAAGAUGAAUUUAAUUCGGCCCAUCUUGCCGUAGGUAUUCAUGUGAAGCAAAUAGAGUUGAAACCGACGAAUCGUGUACCAAAGAUGUGAUCCUAUUAGUUACUAAUAUUAGUAUUAUUAAUAUCGUCCUUAUUAUUAAGUCCUUAGAUUUUUUUUUACAGUCUUUUAGUAAGCAGACACUUAAGGAAAGCGCAAACAACGUAUACAGCAAUGAUCGUAAAGAUGAAUGGAGAAAACAAAUGGUUUUAACGCGAAUUAUCGUUGAUUAUUUGACUUCGAACGAUGCAAAGAAAAAUAGGGUUUUCUUCCAAAAAAUAGAUUAGUGAAGAAUUGCGUUACUCUCGAAUCUCUUUCAUGCAUUAUGAUAACGUUCCCGAAUUUCAAUACGUUGUUUACCCACAUGUAUGAACAAAUGCUUAAAAUGUUGCGUGAUACUCCUUUUAACAAAAUUGUAUGUAAAUAGUCUGGAGAUUUUUAUUUUUAUUAGUCGAAAACUAUUUAAUGUCUUUUAAGUUGUAAGUGUAACUAGAAUCAGCGUAUAGUAACCGGUUCUCGUAGUCUCUCUUCAAUUCAGUCAUUUCCCGCAUUUAAUACUUCUUUUCUUCGCGAGAUUGGAUGACCGACCGGUGUUUUAUAGUUCGUUACAAAAGAAACCAAAAAACGAUGAUAUUGUAUCGCAAGAAACAUUUGAAUGUGUUUUACAAAAAUGGACCAAAUAACGUUAAUCAUUUAUUACAACUUCUGAAGCGCGGUCGUUCGUUUUUAACGUGCAGGGUACAUGGUACUGGUCCCAAAUGUCCUUUAAAGUUUUAAGAUACUUGGAUUGUCUGGAAUAGUUAUCAGAGUACAGUUUUACAGCUGACAUUUCACGUUCAAUAACUCAUCUCGUAGGUAGAAAUCAUUCUGUCAUUAUUAACCCUUUUGUUAUUGCUCGUCCCUUGUAUGGCUAUGUACGAAUGUAAUAUUUAGUUUCAUCUUCCACCUUGUCAUUUUUCAUAUUUUUUUUGAAAAAUGAAAUAGUUAACGUCUUAACAGUGAAAGGCAUUUGUUUGCUCUUUUAUAUUUACAUUCAGUAAGAUAAUUAUAUUAGAUAUCUACAAUGUUACACUUAUAUUUUUAUUUGCAUUCGUACAAGGCCAAUGUGUAUAUUUAUUAUACUCAUGUUGCUAACAAAUACUCCUUCAAAAGUCGCAUGAAUUUGUGAACGUAAACCUUAAGUCUUAAUUUCUGUUAACACAUUGCUUUGCAAGUAGAAGUGUUUUCCAGUUUCUUCUUUCGAUAUAAUGUAUCAUGCAUACGUUUUAUUAUUCGUAGAAAUGGUGCACAUAUGCUCCCAUAUGCUAAACUACAUUUUACUAACUUCUACACAUGUGUUUUAUAUUCCAAGUAAACUAAAUUCCCUCGAAAACUCGUAAAUAGAAAGCAAUGUGUUAACAUAUGAAGAAAAAAAAUGAGAAAAGGGAAAGGAGCGUAGAUUUGCUUGGUUUACUAUUAACUGUUCCAUAAGCGUUAGGUUUACAAUAAAAAUGCAAUUGUUGAAGAAUUGCGCUGCUACGUAAUAAUAGCAAAAGUAAUAAUACUCAUACAAUGAUCUGGUUGAGUUCCUUCUUUCUGAAUUUUAAGUGUGAAUGUAUGUUUAAUUGUUUUAAUGGCUACUGUCUUUGCGAUUGAAAGAAAACAAUGCGGAAAAUGUUAUUUUAUUUGAUCGUAAAAUGUGUACUGUGAUCUGUGAUCGUUCUAGACCGAAAAGUCAUGCACGUUAUGCACUGCAUUUAACUGUUUUGUUUUACACGCGUGCAACGUGUUGACAUGUUUUCUAAUCAUUUCGUUUUUUAUUUUUAUUCAACAAAGUGAAAUAAUUACUACUAUUUUUCCGUAUGUUUCCAUAAUAAAAGGGGUACUUUUUUGUGGAAUGAUAAAUACUAGAUACCAUUAAUAAGUUUCUGACACCAAAAAAACAUUAACUUGUUUCUUUUUGAAAUUGAAUAAUAAUUACUAAAAAAGAUUGAUAUAAGAGCAUGAAAGAAAACUAUAACAAUUGAAUAUUUUUACAAAACAUUCACGUGCACUGACUUAUAAUACUCAAUUGGAGAUAAGUUUAUUUAUAGAUUCUGAUUAGUUUUCAAAACAUAAAUAUCUGAUCAUCAUCUAUGUUCAAUCGUUCCUCAUUAAGAAACCGUUACUCUACGUAAUUUGUAUAUAAGUGAGAAAUUACAAAGCUUGAUGUACCGUAUCGAAUCUUUUACAAAACGACCGUCAUAUAACAGAAUUGUAUAUACAAAUGGCAAAACAAGAUACAACAUUGUACAGUAGAAUAAAAGUUUAAAACCAAAAUUGUAA